AUGUCAUUAGGAUUCACAUCUGUUGAUGUUUUGAGCUGCGACUGUUCCUCACUUCCCCAAGUCCUCAUCCACCAUGGCUUGUUCCCUACUGCACCAUCCCAGCCUUGUAUAGCAGUUUCACUUGACUUAUUGUCGUUUUACCAGACACUCUUCAAGCGCUCUUGUGAUGCAAUCAAUGCACACGUGUCUGCUCUCAAGAUGUAUUAUUCCCGCCAAGGCUUUCAAAUGACUGACAAAAAAGUACGUUCAAUCAAUGCGCCAUUGGACACUAAUGAUGUUUUUCUCUGA